AUGCACCACCCGAGGGCCCGGUACCCGCCCGGCUACGACUACGGCGGCGGUGGCCGCGGUGGUAACGGCGGCGGCGGCGGCGGCGGUGGAGGAGGUGGCGGCGGGAACCAAAACUACUACGGCGGCCGAAACCCGCAUCCCCAGCACCACGAUUACCAGCAGCAGCAGCAGCAGCACGCGCAGAGGAACUCGUUCCCGCAGCAGCAGCAGCAGCAGCACGCGCAGAGGAACUCGUUCUCGCAGCAACAGCAGCAGCAGCAUCAGCAACAACAGCAUCAGCAGUGGCUGCGGCGGGACCAGGCCGCGGCCCAGGCUUCAGGAGAGGGUGCGGCCAGGACGGUGGCGCGACUCGACGCGGUGGACACGAGCUCUCAAGAUUGGAAGGCACAGUUGAAUAUUCCAGCUCCAGAUACUCGUUUUAGGACAGAGGAUGUUACUGCAACGAAAGGCAAUGAGUUUGAAGAUUAUUUUUUGAAACGUGAGCUACUUAUGGGAAUAUAUGAGAAGGGAUUUGAAAGGCCAUCUCCUAUUCAAGAAGAAAGCAUUCCAAUUGCUCUAACUGGAAGUGAUAUUCUUGCAAGAGCGAAAAACGGCACCGGGAAGACUGCUGCAUUUUGCAUUCCAGCACUCGAAAAGAUUGACCCAGAGAAAAAUGCCAUACAAGUUGUUAUAUUGGUACCAACAAGGGAACUAGCUCUGCAGACUUCACAAGUUUGCAAAGAGCUUGGAAAAUACCUGAAUAUUGAAGUUAUGGUUAGUACUGGAGGAACCAGCUUGAAGGACGACAUCAUGCGUUUGUACCAACCUGUUCAUUUACUCGCCGGGACACCUGGCCGUAUACUAGAUCUUACCAAGAAGGGCAUUUGUAUGCUGAACGAAUGUUCAAUGCUCAUCAUGGACGAGGCAGACAAGCUGUUAGCUCCUGAGUUUCAGCCUUCCGUGGAGCAACUCAUUCGUUACCUUCCAGCUAGUCGGCAACUAUUGCUGUUUUCUGCAACCUUUCCUGUAACUGUCAAGGAUUUUAAGCAGAAGUACCUACCUAGACCUUAUGUUAUUAAUCUGAUGGAUGAACUAACACUGAAAGGAAUCACACAAUACUAUGCCUUCGUAGAAGAAAGGCAAAAGGUUCAUUGUCUGAACACGCUUUUUUCAAAGCUUCAAAUAAAUCAGUCUAUUAUAUUCUGCAACUCUGUUAAUAGAGUCGAGCUACUGGCAAAGAAAAUCACUGAGCUUGGCUAUUCGUGCUUCUACAUUCAUGCUAAAAUGUUGCAAGACCACCGAAACCGGGUGUUUCAUGAUUUUCGGAAUGGUGCUUGCAGAAACCUUGUUUGCACAGAUCUUUUUACUAGAGGAAUUGACAUUCAAGCUGUUAAUGUUGUCAUCAAUUUUGACUUCCCCAAGACUGCUGAAACAUAUUUGCAUAGGGUUGGUCGUUCUGGAAGAUUUGGACACCUUGGUUUGGCGGUGAACUUAAUCACUUAUGAGGACCGUUUCAACAUGUAUAGGAUUGAGCAAGAACUUGGGACAGAAAUAAAAACAAUACCUCCACAGAUUGACCUGGCGGAGUAUUGCCAAUGA